CCGCUGGCUGCUGGUGUGACACGAGGCUCGGUAUUCCAUGCAGCAGCCUCCCACGCCCAGCAGCCGCCCACGCCAGGAUCUGCGUCACGCGGCUGCGUGGGAGUGAGAGAGCAGUGUAGCAAGAGCGGAAUAUCCCAAUUCUAGCAGUAGGGGAAGAGGGGGAAACCAAUCGUUCCUGGGCCUUUUGUACUAAAUAGCUAAACAGUGGCAUAUGUGCUGACAGUGCGAAGGAUAUCGCGAAGACUGCGAACUGAACGCAGACUGAAUGCACGUCGGCAGCUGAGAGGCAGCGCCCGCACGCGGGGAAACACAUCGUCCCCUUCCCGUAGGACGUCUGAGGAGUCGUCCCCAAAAAAAACUGACAGAGCUAUUAACAAGAACUCCUGGUUGGACACCUGGGAACGCAAGAACAUUCUUAGGGGGAAAAUAAGAAAAGGUAUGGCGGCGGCUUUACCCAGAACGCUCGGGGAGCUGCAGCUCUACCGCAUCCUGCAGCGCGCCAACCUGCUGUACUACUACGACGCCUUCAUCCAGCAGGGCGGCGACGACGUGCAGCAGCUGUGCGAGGCGGGCGAGGAGGAGUUCCUGGAGAUCAUGGCGCUGGUGGGCAUGGCCAGCAAGCCGCUGCACGUGCGGCGGCUCCAGAAGGCGCUGCGCGACUGGGUCACCAACCCCGCCCUCUUCAACCAGCCGCUGGCCGCCCUGCCCGUCUGCAGCAUCCCCGUCUACAAGCUGCCCGAGGGCUCGCCCCGCGAGCCGCACGCCAAGGCGCCCAAGUGCGCGGCGGCGGCGGCCGCCCGCGUGGACCCCUGCAAGGCCGAGCCGGCCGGCGCCAACGCCGCGGGCGGGUCCCCCCCGCCGAGCAGCGGCGAGCCCCGCUUCUGGGCGGGCCACGGGACGGAGAGCGAGCGGAGCCUGUCCCCGGCCGACGCCGGGUCGCCCUCGUCCCCGCGCGACCCGCUGGAGGCGCUGGACGCGGCCGCCGUGCGGUCGGUGGCGGAGUGCGUGGAGCGGAUGGGCCCCGCCCUGGCCAAGGGCGACCUGGCCGAGGUCAGGGAGCAGCUGAGGGGCAACAAGAAGCUGGCCAAGAUGAUCAGCCACAUCCUGGACAUGGGUGAGGAGGAGCCCCGUAGGGAGGAGGAGGUCCGCAAGUAUAGCGCCAUUUACGGCCGCUUUGACUCCAAGAGGAAGGAUGGCAAACACCUGACACUGCAUGAGCUGACGGUGAACGAGGCCGCGGCUCAGCUGUGCAUGAAGGACGUGGGGCUCCUGGCUCGCAGGGACGAGCUCUUCAGCCUGGCCCGCCAGAUCUCCAGGGAGGUCACCUACAAGUACACCUACAGGACCAGCAAGUCACGCUGUGGAGACAGAGACGAGCCAUCUCCUAAGAGAAUAAAAGCAGAGGAGGGCUUUUUUGACCUGCAGGAGGCGCUGCAGGCCAUCCACAUGCGUCAGGAGACGCUGAGGGAGCAGCUCGUGCAGGCCAAGUCGAAAGGGGAGGAAACUCUAGGCCAGAACAUCCAGGUGCAGCUGGAGCGUCUGCUCACCAGGCAGAUGGAGAUCCUCCAUGACGCGUCGGCUCAGGAGAGGCUGCAGGCCCUGGACUGGAGGAUUCCCUCGGGGCCUCUCAGGAACAGCUCGGACAAGAAGAGCAGCAAUGGCGUCUCCUCCGAGCCAGCCAGCGAACAGCACGCGGAGCGGCCGCUGAAUCUGCGUGUGCCUGGGCACAGACAGGGCGGAGCCCGUGGGGACACGCCCCUGGGGAAGCAGCUGGCCAAUGAGCUCAAGAGGCGCCACUCCACCGGAGACGGAAAGGCGCCGUCCACAGAAAACGGGCAUGGGAUUGACUUCUCCCACCACGUGCUCAACCUCUCUGACAAGAAGACCAUCAAAAUGGAACCCGAGGACUCCAGAUAGCGCCUGGGGAUCCUUUCUCCUCCUCGUUUUUACUGAGCACACUUUGUCCGUCGUAGAAUACUAAACAAGCACAGCUACAGUAGAGCCUUAACAACCAAUGUUGCCUCGAGAAAGAAAAAUACCUUCUUUUACUUCUUGUUUAGUUUUUUCCAAAGCACCUAGAUCCCUUAGCAAGCACCAGAAGACACUCCUAGUGUCUCUUCUAAUGGACUGUAACCCCUUCUGAAGGCACUCCUGGUCUCUUCUCAUUGGCUGUACAGUACCUUCUGAAGACACUCCUAGUCUCUUCCCUUUGGCUUCAGCCACCCACUGUUUCUAUGUGACAAUAUUGGACUUCUAUACAUGUGUUAUUUCGCUGAAGACUAUUGUACACAAAGUUUCUUAAAAUGUCAUCAAGAGGGAGCACAAUAAAUAACUUGUCUUUGUGUCUUUGGCCUUUUCAGGAAGGCAGUGCUCUUUAAAGUAUGAACUGGAUUCAAUCAGCAUUUGUGUUUAAAUGCAAAUGUUAGUUUGUUUUAAAAAGGUCAGUGAUAACCAAAAUUAGCUUACCUAGUAAAAGUUCAAGGCAUGGAUUUUCUUUUCUUUUGCAGUUCAAUGAUAAGGACAAAUGUUGAUUGAACAUAGGUCUGGAAUUGGGAAAAGGUUUCUUUAUGAAAUCAUCUGUGAUGUUUUACAAAAUAAUAAUUAUUUUGUACAUAUUUUUAGAAAAUGAAAAAUAAUUCCUGCAUCUAAAAAAGCAGGGGUUUGUCACUACAUCAUUUGUAUUAUACAAAAUUGAUUCCAAUAUUAUACGUGUUAGGAUAGCAAUACUGAAUAGCUGUUUUUUAGAAACCGAGUGGAUGUCCAGUUGUCCCUUCUCUGGGAUUGUUCACUGUACAGUAUUUAUGUGUUGAGUAGCGUAUUCUUAGUCUGAGGUCUGGCUGAUUUCCACCACAACCUGUAGCUGAUAUGCACCAGUGCUUGAUUCUAAAUGCAAUGUUUUGUGGUGUUAGAAUUAGCAAAGAUGUAAACCAACACUUAUCAUGUUUUCAAUGAAUAAGUAUGUCAUUGUAAGUGUUGUCAAAGUAGUUGAAUAUGGUGUGCAUUUUGUUGGGCCGUGAGUGUCCUUUUUUCAUGUAGUCAUUGAUGAGUCAUUUUUCUCCUUUCCCUGAUCGAUGAAAUGAAGCAUCCAAUCAGAUUCCCCGUUGUUCAAGCUUACAACAUGCACACAUGGAUUAAUUCAAUUGGCUGUAGAUGAUGAAUUCACAAACACUGAUUAAAUUUGUUGUUCAAGUCCAAUUUGCAAUAGACCUAUUAAUGUAAAUGUGGACGGUUUGUGAUUUUAUUCUUCACAUGGAAAUAAGAAACAGUUUAGUUUGUGUACAGCUCUUUGAUAUUUUUAAUAUCCAUUAUUAAAUGUUUAUUGAGAAAAGGAAAGUUAGAUAAAAAUGAAAGAGAAAGGGUUCUUGUAAUAAUCUGUUGACAAAUUUGUAGCUCCAUUUUGGAUAUUGAUGUUAACCUGAAAUGUCAAUCUAACAUUCCUUCAUCUUUGAAUGAGAACCAAUGGUUUCAUGUUUUAAUUUGAAAUGUUUUAGACAACCUGUCAGUUCAUUUUGGAGGGUCAUUUUUAAUAUAUUUCACAGAGAAAUGUAAUACUGAUUUGAUUACUGAAUGAUGGCAACUUCUUUAACUGAGAAGAUAUAGCCUGCUAAAUGCGGUAUGUGUAUUUGUUUAUAAGAACAUUUAUCCGUCUAGAAAAGUAAAAAGCUUUGGUGCAUUUGGUUGAAAAAUAAUUUGAUUAAUGGCAAUUGCAUAGGCUCACCAAUAACAAGAAUGCACCACCAACAAUGCAAUGCAUAUGCAACCACCAACGACCUUUGUUAAAGGUGAUUAUCAAGAGUCUUAAUUUGUUAUGUGUUAGUAACUGUCCUCAAAUGAUAAUUUUUUUAUACUUUAUUUUAUUGUUAUUAUUAUUAUGAUUUUUGCAGGGACAUGGGGUUAUAGUUGCUUUGACACGGAGCAGCGCAUCUUCAUCCAUGCGACACAGCAGUGUCUGUUGUCAGUUGAAUUGUACAUCCGUUCUCAUCACUGUUGUAAAGCAAAGAAAUGUUCUGUUGGGUUAUGUUUUGUAAACACUAAUAUAUUUAAUUUGUUAUACAGCACAUGAACAUUAAACUCUAUUUUUUGAGAUCUGA